AUCGAAUUCCCCACUUUUACACCCUUUAAAAAAUCCUCUCUUUCCUUCACAAAUUCCUCUCAUUCUCACCACAUCCCUCUACAAUGGCUAACGUGGUGGAAUUGAAGGUUGGUUUACAUUGUGAAGAAUGCAUCAAGAAGAUCUUAAAAACCAUCAAGAAAUUCGAAGAUAUUGAAGCGUAUGAUGUUGAUACGAAAUUGAACAAGGUCACUGUUACAGGGAAUGUAACGAAUGAAGAAGUGAUCAGAGCUUUACAUAAGAUUGGUAAACAAGCAACCAAUUGGGAACAAGUUUCGAACAUCAACUACUAAUUAAUCGAGCUUAAUCUAAUGCUUUACUAUAGCCUAAUAUUAAAGUUAGUUGAGAGAGAGAGAGAUUUGGUCAGAUUUUGUAACUAAUGAUUAUUUAUGACUCAUUUGUCAAAGUUUUUGAUUCGAGUACAACCCACAAUGUAAUAUAUUCAUUUUAGAAUAUUGUCAUAAUCAACUCAC